AUGGCGCCGACAGCACGUAAAAACGCCGAAAAUGAAGCAGAAACAGAGCCCAAAGGGCAAACAGAGGAAAUUCUCGAAUUCUCUCCUUCAUACAUCACCCUCGACACGUUCAAUGACCUCCUCGCCCGCUACCCUACCACCGUAGAGACGGUGGUACGACGCAAGGAGACCACAAAGGCCACCAAAGCAGCCGCAGCCCGAGAGAAGAAGACGAGAGCAAAGGGAAAGAAACCCCCGUCGGAUUCUCCCAGCCUGCAGCCUACCUUGACAGACGCCGAGAAACAGCAUAUCGACAGCCAAGUCCGGGCGUACCUGGCUCUGGACGAGUUUCGGUACGGGACUCUACCAACGCGGGUGCGGGCGAGAGCCACCGCUACCGCUGCUGCAGCAGAAGAAAAAGGGUCGAAGACAAACGUCGCUGGAUACCUCGAGAAAGACGAGCUGGUGCGGUUGACGGAGUGGAAGCUGAAACACGGCGUCCACCGUCCAACACUAUUAGGCCUGGUCCGCUCGAACCAGCCUGAUCUCGUCCGCCGGACGACGUCCUCUGCGUUCGCUGCCGUUCCGGCGUCAGAUCCGACGGCCGAUCUGGCGUCCGCGGACGCAGAGCCAGAGUCAGAGUCAGAGUCGGACGGCGCGUUCCCCAAACAAAGCCUAGAUGCGCUGAUCGCUCCGCUCCGGGGUGUGGGCCCCGCGACGGCCUCGCUGAUCCUGUCUGUUGCGACCGAGUCGGCGCCGUUCUACAGCGAUGAUGUCUUUCUUUGGCUUUGUUUGGGUGAGUUUCCCUCUGCUGCUGCCGCCGAGGAUGGCGGGGAGAGGAGCGUCGGAGCGUCGAAGCAUGUACGUCCGAACGGCGAGCUCAAUGUCAAGUACAACCUGCAGGAGUACCGGCUGCUCUGGGAGGCCGUACGGCGGCUGCGGGCUAGACUGGAUGCGGUUUCCUGUGCGGAUGUUGAGAAAGUGGCGUUUGUGCUGAGGCAUAUUGAUGUCUCGGGUUAUCCUGUUCGGGAUGCACCCGCUUCUGCUCAAGAAGUUGAGGGGACGAAACGGAAGCCUGAUCAGAAUGUUCAAGCGGGGGAGAAGAGAAGCUCAAAGAGAAGACGAUGA